AUGCCGCGGCAACGGCCAAAGCCGCCACCGCCGCCCUCCCCCAGCGAGGAGGAGGAUUCCGAGGAGCAGCUCUAUGAAGAGGCCGAGGCGCUUCGGCUCAAGACACCUUCUCCAGAGCCGGAGGAGCCACCCAGAAAGAAGCGGCGCGAAAAGAACGCCCCAGUGCUACCAGGUAGAUCGAUCUCACCAGAUGUCACUCAGCGGAAGUCCAAGAAGGAGAAGAAGCGAAAGAAGGAGGUAAAAGAAGGAAAGGAAGGCCGCAAGCAAAGAUCGGACAGACCACGGCGACGAGAGAUGAGUCAGUCGCAGGCCAGCAUGCCUUGGCCGUAUGCAUGGCCAAUGCCAAUGCCGCACAUGCCCAUGCAUGCGAUGCCGGCGACGGCUGCACCGUCCAAGACCUCCGUGUUCAAACCAGGCGCAGCGAUGUCGCCGCAGAUCACUGCAGCUCCAACCAUCCCCACGUUGCACAGCGUGAUGACAGGUGAGGUCCAGCUCUUGACGCCAAAGGGCGCGCUGGUCGCGCUUAGUGACGACUCACCUCAGCGAUACGUGGAGGGCCUCUUGCGGCGGCGAAGCGACGAGCGUCCUGCCAUUCUCGGGGCCAAGUUGUACGUCAAGGUCGUGAGAAUCGAGGCCGGCAUGGUCAUCGUGGACUCACGUGGUGUGGACCAGGAUACUGGCAAGGAUCAAGAUCCGGAGCAUGAGCAAGCCGAAGUGGAGGAAUGGAUUGACGUCCCGGUGGAUCUUGUAGGCCGCAUCAUUGGAAAAAAGGGGGAGCGAAUCCGCCAAAUUUGCGAUGACACUGGAGCGGACCUGCGGUUCGAUGGGUCCGCGGAAGCUCAACACGGGCCAGGAGCCAACACCAAAAAGACCACAGGCGGUGCUGGAGACGACAUGCGAAAGUUUCUGGAAGCAGCGCAGGAGGAGGAUGACGAGGAUGUAGAAAUGCAGGAUGGACAGCAGGAGCCAAAGGGUGGUGGUGAUGAUCUACGUGCAUUCCUUGAAGAGGCGAAGGCUGGAUCGGCCACCGCCGCUAGCUGCGAGGAGGAAAAGCAGGAGGAGGAUGACGAGGCAGAGGACUUUGCUGAAGAUCUCGCCGCAUUUCUACAGGAGGUCAAGAAUGACAGCACCGGCUCAACCGAUCCGACUCCAAAGGGGCGCAGAAACUUUGUGCCGGCCGUGGAGUUCGUGGCAUACAGCCUCGAGAACUGGGAUGAGAUGCUGUACCGCAAGAUGGGAGAGGCUGGCGUCACUUUGGUGUACCCAGAAAACCUCACCAUCAUGGACAAGGAGGGGAAUGCCGUGGAGAUCGCCAAAGGCCUGCGCCAUCGCCACUUCCCUAUUCGUGUCCGCUACAUCCUCACAUCCGACACCUACGCACCCGAGAAGGCUUCGCGGAAGGACGACACGGGGCCUGAGGAGGCUGUGGCUGAAGAACCUGCUGAAGCCGCCGAGGAAGGCAAAAACAGCAAGGCUGCGGCAAAGCCUUCCGCACCCAGGCCUGAGGCCGUCUGCAUCACCGGUGCUGCCAACCUGACCAGGAUACACCUGGACGAGGUGCUCGAGGCAAAGAGCCUGCCGCAGAUGCAGUCGCUGGAGCAUAUCAGCAAGUCCAGCGUGGUUUGCGUGUUCAGUUCGGCGACCGAUGCCAAAGUGGUAUUGGACAGUCUGGAGAAAGGUUUCAGCGACGUCCGUCAAGGUGCCCAAGAGGGUCCCGGAAUUUAUCGCGCUCGUCAUGGCCAUCUGAAGUACAGGAUGGCCACAAGCGCCGAUGUGAAGGCCAAGACGAAUCGUUUCAAGGAGGCGCCGAAGAAGGUUUACCAGCGACUUCGGAUUAACGGCGACGCGAAGGAAGUCAGGCAAGCGAAGAAGAUUGUCCUGGAUUUCUUGGAUGAGUUUAGUGGGCCUGCACACGGGAUGCGCGGCAAGUUUAACGAGAGGUUCCUUCGAGGCAUCGAGGAUGUCGAGGAAUCCUUCGAGGUCCCGCAGGGGAAGAUCGGCCGACUCAUCGGCAAGGGCGGAGAGAACAUCAAGAAAAUGGAGGAGUCCAGCGGCGCUCGCUUGCGAGUCCUCCCAGCAGCAGAUGAAGGGGAACAGCGGCUCCUGGUCUCUGGUGCGCCGGACAAAGUGGAGAAGGCCAAGGAGCUGCUGAGUUCCUUCAUUCCCGCACUGAGCUCGUUCGAGCCUACGGCAUCAGGUGUGCCCGAGCGGAGACGCCUGAGGGAGGCUGAGGCAGAGGAGGCUCCCAGCGAGGGAGACGAACUGCGAGGUCGCCGACACAGGGCAGCGGAGGCUCUCGAAUCGGCGGGCCGGCGCGGAAACCGUGAUGAGGGCCGAAGCGAACGGCCCAAGAGCCGCGACAGCUCUACAUCCAGCGGCACGCGCGUGAAACGCCUCCGCGAGAAGAAGCGUGCCAUCAGCCUGCAGGAGUACCAGGCCAUGAUGAAGAAGCAGAAGCAGCUGGACGCUGCUGCAGCCCGCGCCGAGGAGGCCGCCCAAGCUGCGGCAGCCUUUGCCCGACGUGCGGCGGAGGAAGAGAAAGAGAAGCAGGAGGCAGCGGCCCUGGACAACUACGACUGGGAGGAGGAGACCGGUCCUUCUGCCGCCAUCGGUCGCUUUGCGCUAACAAGCUUUGGAGCGGGUAAAGUGUCCCGCACCGUCGUCAACCCUGCUGGCCGGCGCUUCGUCAACUUUCAGCUGUUGGCGGGUGGAGUCGUGCAGGUGCCGCAGGCUACAGCACGCCUGUGGCUCGCAGCCGUUGAAGGGGCCCUUGGCGCCAAGGUUUCUGCUCCACGGCCGUGGGACGAGCAGAUGGAUGGGAAAGGAAGGCCACCGCCGCCUGCAGGCGCUUCGUGGGUAAUCUCGGAGGCAGAAGCGCAAGGACGUCGUUUGGCGUUCCGCCUAGCCUCGCCAGCCGAACUCUUCCCUCGCUUCGUGGAUGCCUCACAACUGUCGCGCUGGCCACGGGCAGAGAGUGUCAUCUACUUGGUUGAGCUUUGCACCACGCCUCAGUCAGUUGGUCAUGUCGCUCCAUUCCGGCAUGACUAUCGGAAGUCGGACAAGAGCUUUGCGAAGGGUGAUACCUUGAUUGUUGAAGGCUGCCGCCCAGGACUGCAGGAUCUGGGUGUCGUGAAAAAGGUGCUGCACGGGGACAAAGGUGCCAAAGUAGCAGCACUGGUUGCGGCAAAGAAAGAUGGUCCAGAGUCUACUGGUACUCUUGGCUUGGCCUUCCAAAGGAGCGGGGCCACGGAGGCGAAGCGACGCGAGGGGCUGGCAUCUCUGGAGCGCAUGGUGCUGCCUUUGUUGGCGGCACGGCUACCGGCUGGUACGAGAGCCCUCGGCGUCGGUGCAUCGCUGGAUGGGACCUUCCUGCGGUUUUUCCUACAUCUCGCAGGUCAGUCCGAGCAGGAGCUGAGUACAGCUUCUUCUGGAGCUGCCGCAGCUGCCGCUGCAGUGGGUGCCAUGCUGGGUUGUCAGACCGAGGUGCUCGCCUCCUCCGGGCUGCCGGAGCCCACGGAGCCGGCUCCGACCGACAAGGAGCAGCCGGAGCAGAAGAAGAAAGCAAAGCCUGCAAAGGACAAGACCAAGACCGGCAGCGCUGCCAAGAAAAGGACCAAGGAGAA